CAAAAAGGAAAACAGGUCAAGCUUCGCAGCUCUCUCUCUCUCUCUCUCUCCCUCUCUCGCGGACUGCAAGUCUGCAACAACAAAACCCUAGGACCCAAAGCCCUCUGGAGGAUCUCGCCCGUCCAAUCUGCAAUCCGGCGGUCCAAGUCUCGCCGGACGUUGUACUUAACCGAGCCGCAAGCUUACUCUGACUCUUCUCCAGUCUCUACUCUUCUUCCCCCACUACAACACUGCACAGCUGCAGGGGAAAAGGGUAGCUUCAAUCCCUUCCAAAUCCGCACCAUUUCGCUGGAUCGAACGCAUAUUCUCCCGCAAGUGAACCUACCCUAUCCGAUUCUUCCGCUCUGAGCAACAAAAAUAGGUUCUUGCUGCUUCCAGUUGCGGGAGCACGGUAAUGUCGGGAUUCUAGCGCGCUAGACCCUAAAGAUCUUGUCUUUUUUGUGUUCCGACGAUGGUGACGGAGAUGGCGGCGCGCGGCGAGGCGUUCGGCGCGGAGGCGGAGCGGGACUUCGAGGUCUUCCGCAGCGGCUCCGCGCCGCCCACCGUCGAGGGCGCCAUGGGCGCCGCCGCCGCCGCCGGAAGCUUGUUCUUGGGCGACGAGCUCCGGGCCGACCCGGCCUACCAGAGCUACUAUUACUCCAAUGCGCACAUCAACCCGCGCCUCCCGCCGCCGCUGCUCUCCAAGGAGGACUGGCGCUCGUCGCAGCACCGCCUCCGCUCGUCCGGCCUGGGCGGGAUCGGCGACGGGAGGAGGCAGCCGCCGCCGGCUGCCGAAGGGACUAUGGGGCUGCCCGGGAUCGAUCUUGGUCGCCAGAGGAGUUUCUCCAGUGUCUUCCAGGAGGACCCAUAUCAGCGCGAUAUAGAUAGGCACACUGCUACUCACAAUAGCAAUGACUUGCUGGGUUCGUCUGGAAUGCAGUACGCUCUACAUCGUGGACCUGGAUAUAUGGGAGGCCUGCGCUCUGGCAGUAAUGUACGGGGCUUGGAUGAAAUCCAGAACAAUGAUUUGUCAUCAAAUACAUAUGCCUCUAUUCUAGGGUCAUCUCUUUCUAGAAGUGCAUCUCCAGAUCCUGAGCUUGUGAGGAGGGCCCCUAGUCCAUCUCUGCCUCCAAUCGGUGUGAAAGUUGGUGCUAAUGAUAAGAAGAUUAAUGGUGGCUCGUCUUCUUUCCGUCGUAGUUCAUCUGCUAUUAGUGAAUCUGAUGAUCUGGUGGCUGCUUUAUCUGGGAUGAACUUAUCAUCUAGGGCAGUGAGUGGGCAAACUAUGGACCAGUCUCAGCUCUAUCAGGAUGUUGACAAUGUCCAGAAGUUUCUUUUUGAUCGACAGGGUGAUCAAAUAAAUGGCAAUCAGCAGCACUCCUAUAUGAGACGCCCUGAGCACGGACAAUCUAAAGCACCGGAUGGGUAUUCUGCAAAUUCGGCCAAUUCUUCUACGAUGAGAAAUCAGAUUAAUGCUGGUAAUUUCACACCAUUUGACAAUUUGUCAAUUGGAUCUGGCUUUGCUUCCCCAAGGAUCGAUUCUAGGUCUCCAGGUGGGACUGCGUCUUCUCGACAAAAUUUAGCUGGUAUGUCUAACUUGCUAAACUACAACGGAAUUGGAAGUCCAACCGCGUCAGCUUCUCUUCAGACUCCUAUUGAUCCAGCAUAUAUCCAGUACCUUGCUCAAGUUGCAGCUAGCUGUGAUGAUCCUCUCAUGGGAAGUUCUUACAUGGACUUACUAGGUCCUCAGAAAGCUCACCUUAGUCCAUUGCUUCAGUCACAAAAGCAAUAUGGUUACUAUGGAAACCUUGGAUUUAACCUUGGUUAUGCUGGAAGUCCAUUGACAAGUCCCGUUCUUCCCUCUUCACCUAUUGCACCAGGCAGUCCGCUUAGGCAUGGUGAACGCAGCAUGCGCUUUCCAUCAGGCAUGAGAAUUUUUGGUAGUUCCUUUGGUUCAUGGAAUUCAGGCCUGGGUGGAAAGAUGGAUGCCAAUUUGAUGCCCUCGCUUCUGGAGGAAUUCAAGAGCAAUAAAAGUAAAUCAUAUGAGCUCUCUGAAAUAGCUGGUCAUGUCGUUGAGUUCAGCGCGGAUCAAUAUGGGAGCCGAUUCAUACAACAAAAGCUAGAAACAGCAAGUACUGAAGAAAAAGACAUGGUUUUCUCAGAAAUCAUGCCUCAAGCUCUCACAUUGAUGACUGAUGUAUUUGGAAAUUAUGUUGUGCAGAAGUUUUUUGAGCAUGGAAGUGCUUCCCAGAUAAAGGAAUUGGCUGGUCAGCUUAUUGGACGUGUCCUUGCUCUCAGUCUUCAGAUGUAUGGGUGCCGGGUUAUACAGAAGGCUAUAGAGGUUGUUGAAUUAGAUCUGCAGAUUAAAAUGGUUGCAGAGCUGGAGGGACAUGUCAUGCGCUGUGUACGUGAUCAAAAUGGGAACCAUGUAAUACAGAAAUGCAUAGAGUGCAUCCCUCAGCAUGCUAUCGAGUUCAUUGUCUCGACUUUCUAUGGCCAAGUUGUAAUGCUAUCCACUCAUCCAUAUGGUUGUCGAGUAAUACAGAGGGUUCUGGAGCACUGUGAUGAUCCUAAAACACAGCAAAUAAUGAUGGAUGAGAUUCUCCAAUCUGUAUGCUUGCUAGCUCAGGACCAGUAUGGCAACUACGUCGUUCAGCAUGUUCUGGAACAUGGCAAACCCCAUGAGAGAUCGGCUAUUAUUGAGAAGUUAAUUGGACAAAUUGUGCAAAUGAGCCAGCAGAAGUUUGCUUCAAAUGUCAUUGAGAAGUGCUUAGCGUUUGGAAAUCCUGUGGAACGCCAGACUCUGAUUGGCGAGAUGCUUGGAUCCACUAGCGAAAGUGAACCUCUUGAGGUAAUGAUGAAAGAUCAGUUUGCAAACUAUGUGGUGCAGAAGGUGUUAGAAACUUGUGAUGACCAACAGAGAGAGAUGAUCCUUACAAGGAUCAAAACACAUCUGAACACCCUCAAGAAGUACACCUACGGGAAGCACAUAGUAGCACGUGUAGAAAAGCUGGUUGCUGCUGGAGAGAAGCGACUUGGGCUUCAACCAGCAUGCACCACUGCCUGAAGGGCGAACUCUGUAGUUGUACAGCUAACAGUUGCUAGGUUUGCGCUCACGUUUUUUCUCAACUAAAACUUUAGAAGGCCAGUAUGGUCUUUGUCGGAAAUAAAUACUGCAUGUUUGCGCCGAAGAGUGUACAUUUCUGUUGGCUGAAGACCCCACGCAGUGGGGACGAGUCAUGCGUGCAAGUUUAAUCUGAAAGCUGUAAAGACGAAGAAGAGUACUUAAGAAGCAUAUGUUACUCUGAUGUACAAAUUUAGCUCUAGCUAGAGAGAGAGAGAGAGAGAAAGCUGUUAGCUGUCUAAACUGAAGCCACUAGCACCCUGCUUUAUCUGUCACUAUAGUGGGUAGUUGUUUGUUGUAACAUAAGCUCAGGCGCACUAGCCUUCGUUUACAGUUAAGCUGAAAUUAUUAGUAUCAGCUUUCCUGGACUGUUGGUAUGUUCUAUGUCAUGUUUCUUGUGGUAAUGGAGUGUGUAAUCCAGGAUGAUGAUGAUGAUGAUGCACUAUUAUUGAUAACUUUUUUUUUCUA